CGUAUUUUUGCAAUUUUUAAUUAAUAUUUAUGCCAACCAUGCAAAAAGUAUGGUACCUAUUUUAUCAUUGGAACAAAAUAACGCUGAGAAUGUAACAACUCAGUCGACAGAAGAUUUAAAGUUUCUUCCCUUCAUAAUGUUAAUAAACCAAGCAGAGGAUACGAGCGAGUUUUGGCGGGAAACGGAAAUGUUGUCUCUGGUAAGGAACAACGAAAUGGGCAUAGACUAUGAGAAGUGCGAACAGAGCAGCCCCGAGAAAUCCGUAGUGCAUUUUCCGAGUCGACGUGUUGUAAGACCCAUCUGUAGAAGUACCUAUGAUUUCCAACUAUGCCCACAAUGUCCACGCUAUAGUAACUACACGGAAUGUGAGCUUUUUAGAGAUUCAUGCAGAGAACGUCGGGUCCAACCAGCAGAGCAUCGAAGUUACUGUGAUAAGAUUUAUGGAAAAUGGCGGGCCAUGUUUAUACCGGCCGAUUAUUCACAAUGUCGUUGCUGUGACGAGUGUGUGCUUUAUCGAGAAUUAGACCAAUCGUGCGUUCAAGACGAGUACAAUUUUGAUGCGGACGAAUUUCUUCCGGUGACAACUUUAGACUUUCGCGCUGGAUGUAACCCAUACUGGGGCCACCCUGAACAAGAGUUCAGGGCUCUGCGAUGUGAUAAAAUAUUGCGUAGAUGUGUGCCAGUCAACGUACCGUUACUACCAAAUGAAACUUUAAACUUCCGAAAGAGUUUCCGCUACGAUCCGCCCAGCGGAGGCAGUGAUUGCCCAAUACUGUGCCAUGGUUUCGACUGCCAGGGCGGUUCGGUUAAAGAAACAGACUGUAAACCUGGCGCCUUCCUGCCAGACAAAGACCAGUGCAAUUGUUGUGGUCGUUGCAGCACGUACCAACAACUGAAUGAGAAAUGUGCUGAAUUCAAGAAAACUGUUCACAUCGUUAACGGUUCGAAGGAAACUGAGGUCGAAGAAGAGUUCUUAGAACCAGGUUGUGAUGAUGGACUCGUCUGCAGGCAGGGGCUCUGUCAGGAUAUUCACACUGUUCAAACACAUUCUGGACGUAGAAAGAGAGAUGAUGGGCUGUAUGAAGCUAAUGAACCUUGCAAGCGAGAGAUGAAAGAAUUUAAGAAGAAAUAUGGAAGAGAUGGUCAUCUGCACUACAAUGCACCACAGUGCACCCCAUUGUGGUUGUAUGCUCCUGUUCAGUGCCGUCGUUUCGUAUGCUAUUGCGCGCUGGAAGAUGGCACGUUUAUAGAAGGCAUCAAAGUACCUCGCGUGGAGGUGUCGAAUAUGAACUGUGAUUGCGCCCGUGAAAAGUGCAGGACAAAUGUAAAUUUGGAAUGCGAUGGGUACGGAAAUUAUAAGGAUUCUGUUUUCACCAUGCGUCAAUACCAGUCAGGGGAUGAGAAGGCUACAGUUACGAAAAUUCCGACCCUGACGUCUCCACGAACUGGUUAUGAAGCAGCUUUACCUACUGGGUAUCUUUGA